AUGUCUUCAUCGGAAUCAAGGAACAUGAUGAACGAAGAGGAAGAUCCCUUUGCUCCUCCUCCACCUCCACCUUCUCAACAAAAACAACAAGCACACACCACCAAUCAAGACAAUAUUGAAUACGAUCAAGUGUUGGUGGAAUAUAGUUUUCGGGAUUUUGAAAAAUUCACCAGUGUUACUCAAAAGGAUGUGAUUGCCUAUCAAUCGGGAAGAAAAAGCUUUUUUGAUAUUUUGUAUGAUAAAAAGACUCCGUGUGGAGAGAUUUAUGAAGAUAUGAUGAAUUAUGUGCACAAGUUGGCUGUUGAAUCGAAAAAGGAUAUUUCUGUGGAUGAUAUCAAAGAUUCGGUGCAGAGAAAGACGUUUUUGGAGUGUAUUGAUUUUCAUUCUCAUUUGUAUGAAACUCGGGCAAAGAAUAUUGUUAGACAUGUUGAUUCCAAUUCUCAGUAA